AUCAACAGACAUAGCCGCCAUUUUGUUAUCGGGCUGCGCAUGAUGCUUUAUAACGAUGUGCAUUGUUAUGUGAGUUUCGACAGUUUCAACAAUUCUGAACAAAUUUACACUAAAGCAAUUUAGUACCUCAAACACAGACAUAUAUUAUGGCGGAAUAUUUAGCGUCAAUUUUCGGAACCGAGAAAGACAAGGUAAAUUGUUCUUUCUACUUUAAAAUUGGUGCCUGCCGACACGGCGACAGGUGUUCGCGAAUUCACAACAAACCUACAUUUAGUCAGACAUGUUUGCUUCAAAACUUGUAUGUGAAUCCUCAGAAUUCCGCCAAGAGUGCAGAUGGCUCUCACUUGGUCGCAAAUGUAUCAGAUGAAGAGAUGCAAGAACAUUAUGACAAUUUCUUUGAAGAUGUUUUUGUUGAAUGUGAGGAUAAGUAUGGAGAGAUUGAAGAGAUGAAUGUUUGCGACAACCUGGGUGAUCACUUGGUUGGGAAUGUGUAUAUAAAGUUUCGGAGAGAAGAAGACGCAGAAAGAGCUGUAAAUGACUUGAAUAAUCGUUGGUUUGGUGGUCGUCCAGUUUAUGCUGAACUAUCCCCAGUUACAGAUUUCAGAGAAGCUUGCUGCCGGCAAUAUGAAAUGGGAGAAUGUACACGAUCCGGAUUUUGCAACUUUAUGCAUCUGAAGCCCAUUUCGCGCGAGCUACGUCGUUAUUUGUACAGUCGCAAGAAAGGCGGCAGAGGACGAUCGAGGUCUCGUUCACGAUCACGCGGUCGAGAUCGUAAACGCAGAUCACGAUCACGCGAUAGACGAUCAAGAUCCAAAGAUCGUCGAAAGAGAGAGGACAAAGGUAGAGAUGGUAGGUCCGGGAGAUAUUAAUUAUCGUAAAGUGCAUUUAUAUACGUGUGUUCACCGUGAGAUCCUGAUUUAAGCUACGUCGUCUUAUUUAGCUGUGGGAUAUGCGUUACUUUUACGAUUGUAUACAUGUAAUUGAUAUGAAUCAGCAUUUUUUCAGUAUCGUCAUUGGUUAGUCAAAAUAAAUCACAUUCCGUUUUUUGAGAAAGAAUAAAUGUUGCAAAUCAAUAAAAAAUAUAUGUAUAAUGAAAGAUAUAUAUCAUUUAAUUUCAAAGACAUAUUAAAUGUAACUAUUGCAUAAAAUUUUGCGUUUCAACAAUAAAGUGAUUAAUAUGAACAUCUUUCAUGGAAAAAAUUAAGAAUACAUAAAAGAAUUUAAACAAUAUUCAUAUUCCUUGUAUGUAUGUGUGUGUGAUCAAAUGAUGGAAGUAAAUAAAGUGUGUAAGUAUAGAAA